CAAGGUAGACGGUCACUAUUACUGGACGGUGUAUAACGUUCACCUCGAUGCUCCUAGCGGAGAGCCCGUGACUCAACCAGAGUAUAAAGGAUGCGGCGAGGCACUCUAGAGGGCGAAAAUGUGGGCUGCAAUGGGUGUGGCCUUGACUCACACUGAUGGCAUGAAUGGUGACGGUGGUGGCGGCGCAGGCACGAGAUCCUCACCGUGCUUGGCGAAUGGUUGCUCCUGUUCAGCCAUUCAGCACUCAUGCAAUGCAUCGCUGCUUCACAAUCUUCCUUCGCUCUGCCUGUGUGAAACCUAUCAGCGCUUGACGAAUUGGCCAGCCAACGACGAGGGGGGGAGGAGGAGGAGGAGGAGGAGGAGGAGGAGGAGGAGGUUGGUCCUGCAGUGGAAGCAGAGGUGUCGGAGAACGAGGCGCUGCGAACCGCUGGUGAGGCCGAAGAGAAGAGGACAGGCUGCAGGAUGGAUGCCAUUGCUGAAAUGUGGCGAUCCUUUGCGUAGCAAGGAUGCUCGAGCUCGCCCACGACGUCCGAUCUGGACGUGCAGAGGAAAUUCGUCGUCGCGACGUGCAGGAGUGGACGAGCGGCCAGACAGAUUCCCGUACCGUAACUGCCACGUCGAUGGGCCUCCCUUCGCCCUUUUUGUUCGAGGCGCCGUUCCGACCGGCUAACACAAAGAUGAUUGAUAGUUUAGCUACCUUGCUGAUCCGACCAGCGAGAGAAAACAUUCCAAGAACACUCUCAGUCCAAUCUCGAGCCGAAGCUACUCUUGGCCAAGUCUGAAAAGAUUCCAGGCCGCGUCAGCGGGUCUGAUAUAAUCUCAGC